AUGAGCGCGAGCCGCCGUAGCUGGGCUGCGUGGACGCGGGCGCUGCUGCUGCCGCUGCUGUUGGCGGUGCCCGGGGGUUGCCUUAACCGCCAAGAGCUCUUCCCCUUCGGCCCUGAACAGGGGGAUCAGGAGCUGGAGGCCGGCGACGACCGCGUCUCCCUCGCCCUGCAGCUGAGCGGGGGGCUUCACUUCUACGACAAAUCCGACAUCAACUAUGUUUACGUCACCACAAAUGGUCUCAUCGCCGUGAGUGAGCCCCCAGCAAAGGAAUCCCAUCCCGGACUCUUCCCACCGACCUUUGGGGCCAUCGCACCGUUCCUUGCUGACUUGGACACCACAGACGGCUUUGGCAAGGUUUAUUAUCGUGAGGACUUCUCCCCGUCUGUCGCUCAGCUGGCAGCAGUGUGUGUCCAGAGAGGGUUCCCAGAAGUCGCUUUCCAGCCCAAGAGUGUGGUGGUUGUCACUUGGGAAUCUGUGGCCCCCUACCAAGGGCCCAGCAAGGACCCUGCCCAGGAAGGCAAGAGAAAUACAUUCCAGGCUGUUCUGGCCUCCUCUGAUUCCAGCUCCUACGCCAUUUUCCUGUAUCCAGAAGACGGUCUGCAGUUCUAUACAACAGCCUCAAAGAAGGACGAGGGCCAGCUUCCUGCUGUGGUUUCAUUCAGUCAAGGUUUAGUGGGAUUCCUAUGGAAGACCAAUGGCGCUUACAACAUCUUUGCAAAUGACAGGGAAUCAAUUGAAAACUUGGCCAAGAGCAGCAAUUCAGGGCAGCAGGGCGUCUGGGUGUUUGAGAUUGGGAGUCCAGCCACAGCCAGUGGGGUAGUGCCUGCUGAUGUGAACCAGGAGGAAGCAGAGUAUGAAGAGGAAGAUGAAGAUUAUGAUGUAGUGACAGAGCUGGGUCUGGAGACCACGGCCCCCACAACCUUCUCCUACAAGACUCUGGGAAGGAGAGGCACUGACACCUACCAUGUGCCGAGUGCACGCACCGCACGCCGCACAGCUACUGAGGGGCCCCCUGAACUUCCAUCGGGGAGGACCAGGUCUUUCCAGUUGCCGGUGGAGAGGGUGUCCCAGCAGCAUCCACAGGUGAUCGAUGUGGAUGAAGUUGAGGAAACAGAAGUUGUUUUCAGCUACAACACUGAUUCCAGGCAGACGUGUGCUAACAACAGACACCAGUGCUCUGUGCACGCAGAGUGCACGGACUACACGACUGGGUUUUGUUGCAGCUGUGUGGCGGGCUAUACUGGCAACGGCAGGCAGUGUGUUGCUGAAGGUUCCCCUCAGCGAGUUAAUGGCAAAGUCAAGGGACGGGUCUUUGUGGGUAACAGCCAGGCCCCCAUUGUCUUUGAGAACACUGACCUCCACUCGUACGUCGUGAUGAACCACGGACGCUCCUACACCGCCAUCAGCACCAUUCCUGAGACCCUGGGGUAUUCCCUGCUGCCCCUGGCCCCUGUGGGAGGCAUCAUUGGAUGGAUGUUUGCUGUGGAGCAGGAUGGAUUCAUGAAUGGGUUCAGCAUCACUGGGGGUGAGUUCAUGCGGCAGGCCGAGGUAACCUUCGUGGGACACCCAGGGAAGCUGGUGAUCAAACAGCAUUUCAGUGGCAUUGAUGAGCAUGGGCACCUGACCAUUGACACCGAGCUGGAGGGCCGCGUGCCGCAGAUCACGUUCGGCUCCUCGGUCCACAUCGAGCCCUACACGGAGCUCUAUCACUACUCCCCCUCUGUGAUCACAUCCUCCUCCACCCGGGAGUACACCGUGACGGAGCCCGAGCGGGGUGGGGUCGCCCCAUCACACACCUACACUUACCAGUGGCGGCAGACCAUCACUUUCCAGCAGUGCACCCAUGACGAGGCCCGGCCUGCCCUGCCCAGCACUCAACAGCUCUCAGUGGACAGUGUGUUUGUCUUGUACAACCAGGAAGAGAGGAUCUUGCGGUAUGCCCUGAGCAACUCCAUUGGUCCUGUGAAGGACGGCUCCCCAGACGCCCUUCAGAACCCCUGCUACAUCGGUACGCACGGCUGUGACACCAACGCAGCUUGUCGGCCCGGCCCCGGGACUCAGUUCUCCUGCGAGUGCUCCAUUGGCUUCCGAGGAGACGGUUCUACCUGCCAGGAUAUCAAUGAAUGUUCAGAGCAGCCGUCCGUGUGUGGGAGCCACGCGGUCUGCAACAACCACCCCGGAACCUUCCGCUGUGAGUGCGUAGAAGGCUACCAGUUUUCCGACAAAGGAACAUGUGUGGCUGUUGCAGACCAGCGCCCCAUCAACUACUGUCUCAGUGGUCUCCACGACUGUGACAUUCCCCAGCGGGCCCAGUGCGUCUACACCGGGGGCUCUACCUACAGCUGCUCCUGUUUGCCUGGCUUCUCCGGGGAUGGCCGGGCCUGCCGAGAUGUGGAUGAGUGCCAGCCAAGCAGAUGCCACCCAGAUGCCUUCUGCUACAACACUCCCGGCUCUUUCACGUGCCAGUGCAAGCCUGGUUACCAGGGAAACGGCUUCCAUUGCGUGCCCGGGGAAGCAGAGAAAACCAGAUGCCAGCGGGAACGGGAGCACCUCCUGGGCACCACAGAUGUUCAGCGGCCCAGGCCCCCAGGGCUCUUUGUCCCUGAGUGUGAUGAGUAUGGGCACUACAGGCCCACCCAGUGCCAUGGCAGCACUGGUCAUUGCUGGUGUGUGGAUCAGGACGGCCGGGAGCUUGAGGGCACCAGGACCAGACCAGGAAUACAGCCCCCGUGUCUCAGUACAGUGGCUCCCCCAACUCACCACGGACCCCAAGUUCCUACCGCCGUGAUCCCCCUGCCCCCUGGGACCCACUUACUUUUUGCCCAGACUGGGAAGAUAGAGCACCUGGCCUUGGAAGGGAGCACCAUGAAGAAGAUGGAUGCCAAGACGCUGUUUCAUGCACCGGGUAAAGUUAUCAUUGGACUUGCCUUUGACUGUGUGGACAAGAUGGUUUACUGGACUGACAUCAGUGGACCUUCCAUCGGGAGAGCCAGUCUUCACGGGGGAGAGCCAACUGUCAUUAUUCGACAAGACCUUGGAAGCCCAGAAGGCAUUGCUCUUGACCACCUUGGCCGUAACAUCUUCUGGACGGACUCUCAGCUGGAUCGAAUCGAAGUUGCAAAGCUAGAUGGCAGCCAGCGCCGGGUGCUAUUUGAGACUGAUCUGGUGAACCCCAGAGGCAUCGUAGCGGAUUCCGUGGGCGGAAACCUUUAUUGGACAGAUUGGAAUAGAGACAACCCCAAAAUUGAAACUGCCUACAUGGAUGGCACGAACCGAAGAGUCCUUGUGAGGGAUGACCUAGGCUUGCCCAAUGGGCUGGCCUUUGACGCGUUUUCAUCGCAGCUCUGCUGGGUGGAUGCAGGCACCAAGCGGGUGGAAUGCAUGAGCCCCGGUCAGCCCAGCAGACGCAAGAUUCUUGAAGGACUGCAGUAUCCUUUCGCCGUGACGAGCUAUGGGAAGAAUCUGUACUACACAGACUGGAAGACGAAUUCUGUGAUUGCUGUCGAUCUUGCCAUUUCCAAAGAGAUGGAUGAAUUCCACCCCCACAAAGAGACACGGCUGUAUGGUAUCACCACCGCCCUCUCCCAGUGUCCGCAAGGCCACAACUAUUGCUCCGUGAACAAUGGCGGCUGCACCCACCUCUGCUUGGCCACUCCAGGAAGCAGGACCUGCCGUUGCCCUGACAACACCCUAGGAGUUGACUGUAUCGAGCGGAAAUGA